ACUGGGAUUCAAACCAAUUGGCUCUCCAUGCAAAGCAGAUAAGAUCACGGAAACCUAGGGGCCUAGGAAAUGCGAAUCUCAGAGGCAGGUUGUGUGAUCAGGCCUAGUGAGUGAGUAAGUGAGUGAGUGAGAUCGAGAGGGUCACCGGAUAAACAUCAUCAUCACCUUCCUAAUAAUGGAUAAAUACGAUAAUGAAGGGGUGGUGGGGGAGGGUAGCUACGGGGUGGUCAUGAAGUGUCGCCGCAAAGACAACGGCCAGUUGGUGGCCAUCAAGAAGUUCCUCGAGACCGAUGAGGACCAGACCGUCAAGAAGAUCGCCAUGAGGGAGAUCCGCAUGCUCAAACGACUUCGCCACGAGAAUCUCAUUAAUCUGAUCGAGGUGUUCCGAAAGCGUAAAAAACUCUUCCUCGUGUUUGAAUUCGUGGAAUUCACCGUCCUCGAUGAACUGGAAGAGAGUCCCAAGGGAUUAGACGCCGAGAAAAGCCGCUCCUACACAUUCCAAGUUCUCCGUGGGAUUGAGUUCUGCCACAAAAGCAAUAUCAUUCAUCGCGACGUCAAACCGGAAAACGUACUGGUCUCCAGUAGUGGGAUCGUCAAACUCUGCGAUUUCGGCUUUGCACGUCUGAUGGCCGCUCCAGGGGAGAAUUACACGGACUACGUGGCUACGCGUUGGUAUCGUGCGCCAGAGCUUCUUAUUGGCGACACUCAAUAUGGCAAGGAGGUGGACAUUUGGGCCAUUGGCUGUGUCUACGCCGAGAUGCGAACUGGCGAUCCUCUAUUCCCAGGCGAAUCGGACAUUGAUCAACUCUUUCUCAUCACCCAACUUUUAGGUUCUCUGUCCAAUCGGCAUCGGCAAAUCAUCGCUAGAAACCCAAUGUUCCACGGAUUGAACAUUCAGAGCGUCAACCCUAAAGGAUUGAAAACACAAUUCCCCGAUUGGACGGGAGAUUGCGUGGCCUUUUUGAUGAAGACGCUGACUUUGGAUCAAUCUGAGCGUCCAAAUGCCUCUCAACUACUCAACGAGCCUUUCUUCACCCACGAUAACUUUCAUAUCAAAUCGACACCGUCCGUCAAAGCAGGGACGUCUCGAGAUCCCGAUCGCCUCAAAGUUUUGGCAUCACAAUCCCCUCCAUACACUCUGGCCAAACAGAUCAAGACUUUGAAGAAAAGUCAAACCUUUCGCCGAAAAUCGGAAACUUUUGACAAUCUCAUGCUCGGGAUGGGAAACGUCGAUAGUCCAUUCAAGAAUUUUGGCUCCCCCGAUCCUAUGAGUGGAAUCACAGGUUCCGGAAAGUUCUUUCCAUCCAAUUUGCCCGUCACAAUCAUGGAAGGAACCACCUCCCACACUCACAGUGCUCGCUCCCAAAUCACCUCGCCAUACAGUAAUUCCUAUCAGCACCAUCAACCCCCUUCGGACUCCGAAAUCAGCGACAAAACCGAUCUCAGUCCAAGCCCUUUCGGCACCCUGAAGCGAUAUGAAGGAUUUGACUCGGAUUUGAACAAUCUCUUGAACUCGGCCAAGCAACGGAAAAAAGACAUCUCUAGGAAAAGCCCGCCGUCCCCAGCAGUCUAUCAUUCAGGAUCGUCAUCCUCAUCCAAACGUAAACCUCAAACUCCGACCACGACGACAAACCAGAACUAUUACAACAAUAACAUGAACAAUAACCAGGCGAAUAUGGUCGAUUCGGACAAAUUCCUCGAGGACAUCACAGAGCGUGCCAUGAUUAUCGACGCGAGUUCCGAGCGAGGCUUGUCCAGUUUGGUGAGUGACAUCCCCAUGGACGGGGAGGCACUCCGAACGAUGCACUUCUACUCGGAUCAUGGGAAGAUGUUGAAGAAGAGGCGUCAAACCGAGCCACUCUCAUUGCCCAGCGUCAUGGGGGGAGGAAAUGCCUCCAAUUUGCAAAUCUCAGGAACGAAGACUUUUUCCCGACGUCGUCACGGAGGAUUCGCAUCAAGCAACACUGGUCUGAAAGCCACUAAUGACGAAGGUGUCGGAGGAGGUAACAAUGGUGGUGGCCACAACAACCUCGUCAAGAACCUUGCUCAUGGAGCUGGGGGAGCAGGGGGAGCAGGAGGGCCCUCCCAUAACUUGCCAUAUGUAUGAAGAGAGUUUGGCAUCAUUAUUUCAUUCAGUAGCAUAGAUUAGAUGCUGGUUGGGAAUGACGAUGCAUUUCGAUGGCGCCUUCCCGAAUUGUCCCAUUUGCCUUUUCAAGAACGUAUUUAUGUGGUUCAAAGUAUACACAUGUCUCAUGUUUUGGUUAGUUGACUCAAUAAAGGUUUAUUAUUAUCA